AGGGCCCAAACACAGAGUACUGUCUCUCAGCAAAGCGAAGGCGGUGUCUUUAAAAGUGUAGAUCUUUUUUUUUUCUCGUUAACUUUUCGUUCACCUCCGCGUCACACAGUCGACCUUUUCAUUGAACCAUGAGGACGUACUUCGUGAUAGCCGCCAUACUGAUCGCCGGAACGAGCGGUCAGGAAUCGUUCAAAUGCCCGGACGACUUCGGGUUCUAUCCUCACCAUAUAUCGUGCGACAAAUAUUGGAAAUGCGAUAACAACGUGGCGGAACUGAAAACGUGCGGUAACGGUCUCGCGUUUGACGCCAGCGACAGCAAGUUCCUUACCGAAAACUGCGACUACCUGCACAACGUGGACUGCGGCGAGCGCACGCAGCUCGAGCCGCCUAUCAGCACGCCUCAUUGUACUCGUCUCUACGGUAUCUACGCCGACGAGAAGAAGUGCGACGUCUUCUGGAACUGUUGGAACGGAGAAGCGUCCCGCUAUCAGUGCAGCCCCGGACUGGCCUACGACCGUGAGGCUAGGGUGUGCAUGUGGGCCGACCAGGUGCCCGAGUGCAGAAACGAAGAGGUCGCCGGAGGUUUCACGUGUCCGGCCGCGGGCGAAGUGAGUGGUGCAUCCGGCAGCUUCAGCAGACACGCCCAUCCGGAGGAUUGCAGAAAGUACUACAUAUGCCUUGAGGGCAUCGCCAGGGAAUACGGCUGCCCGAUCGGCACCGUCUUCAAGAUCGGCGACGCCGACGGCAGCGGCGCUUGCGAGGACCCCGAGGACGUUCCCGGAUGUGAGGAUUACUAUGGCGAUCUGGACCUGAAGAGCAUCCGGAAGAGUGAGCUACAUAGCGGCAUCCAGAGCGAGCACAAAAAGUCGUCGAACCAGCCGCCCCUCAAACCCAGGCCCUCAGGAGGGCCCACGAGGCCUUCCUCUUCCCUCCAGGAAUAAAUCCUAAUUUACCUCACUCCUUCACUCAUUCACUAUUUCUCUCUUUCUCUCUCUCUCUCUUUACCUUUCCUUUUGUUGCUCUCAUUUAAUUGUAUCGAGUUCUAUUGUUUAAUGCAAAUUAUUGGAGCAAAAUCUAUAAUGCAGAAUUAAAAUAUAAAAAUUCUUUUUGCUAGGCAUAAUAAGCUUGAAUCAAAAUAAUUUCUUCCAUAAUGAAGAUCAUGAUUAAAUGUUCCUAAAAUUAGUAACAGCGUGCUCUAAUAUUUAACAUAAAUUAGAAAUUUAAUUUUAUAAUUUUAAUCCUAUAAUUUAGUAAUAGAAACGUUUGCAAAAAUUUGCAUUCUAUAAUAUUUUGGGAUAUCUUUUGCUGUUAUCUCUUUUUUAAUUUAUUUUGUUUUAUUUAAAUUUACAUCGAUUUUACGCCAAUAAAUUGUAUCAAAGUGUCCCUUUUCUUCUUCAUUUCCGUUUCGUUUUCCAUUCUUUUUUUAUCUUUUUCACUCUUUCUUUCUGUCUGUUUCCUCUAUCAUACAUACACUCACUACAUAUAAUCAAGGGAAAAUCCAAUCCUAAUUGCGUAAAAAAGGAUUUCUCCGGGAAGGAAGUAAUCAACGCCGAGAGCCAAAAAAAAAAAGAAAUCUGCGCUCAAGAGAGCAAUUAAAUUUAUCUGCCGUUUUUUCACUUUUCCAUAAGAAUACGGCUCGAUCUUGAAACGAAAUCCGCGAGAUUCCAAGAAAAGCGGGCAAUCGAACUGUCGUAAAUUUCGUGCCUAAGAAUACUCGCUUAAUUUUUUUCGUCGCCCUCCCAUCGCGCAAUCUUGAUACACAGAGCGUAUCGUUUAUUUUUUGUAAUUAUGCUAAAAUAGAAGGAAGGGGAUUACCGAUUAUGGCCCGAUAAAUAAUGUAAUCGCGAAUUUUGUAAAACCACGUGAAUUCUGCAAUAAAUAUAUGUGUCGCUAUUAAAAAACCUAA